GUAAGCCAGACACUUUCCCUUUUCACACAGUUCUUUCUCCCUUUAUCUGCUUGGUUGCUGCUCAGUGGAGGAACUCAUCUAUCCUAAGCUUCUCACAUUGGUUUCUCUUGAUAUGAUUCAGGCGCUGUAGCUCAACUGACAUCUUCGGAACAGACAUUGGGGAUCUUUUUUUUUAUUUAAUUUUUGCUCAUUCUGAACUUCUGAUUCUGGACAUUGCAGUAGAUGAGUUGAGAAGACUUUAUGAUUCUUCACAAUAUGCCAAUCUAGACUUUGGUUUUAUCAAGAACCAUGUCUGAGGGUGUUGUGAGGAAAAUCCAACCCUUCACCAUUGGGACCAGGCUGUCAGUACCCCCUGAAGCCAAAUCUCAGGAGUUUGUGGAUGUCAAUCUGCACAGGUCUGCUGCUCCAAACAAGUUGGAGCAACAGAACAACGUACACAACCAAGUGUCUCUUUUCAGGAGCCAGUCCCAGCCAGGCAUUGGGAACUCUGAAUUUCGACAAGUGGCACCCCGGGUUGAUGCUUCAACUCAAGAGGGAAUUCAGGAUGAGAGUGUGGAGGAAGACAGGAAUUCAGUGUCCCCCACAGCGUCCUCCAGGUCGAUCAGGAAGAUUGCUAUUUGCCGAAAUGCAGAGAUGGUCCAAAAUGUGUCACUGUGUGAUCUGACCAACCCAGUCAAAUCUAUGUUGGAAACAAACCAAAAAACUGACUGUGUUCACCCAAAUCUUCUAUCUAUGAAGAUAGAGGAGAAUUUGGAGAAAAGGUCCAACUCUCAAUCUAAGGUGGACUUUUGGUACGAAAGGACACUUCCAAACUGGAAGCAUGGCUGUAGUUACCUGGGUGGCCCUUUGCCGGACCGAGAGGUCAUGUCACCGACCGAAAAACGAGACCUCAAGGACACUGAAUAUUCCUUCAUACAGUUGACAAGUGAUCUGUCUGUAAAACAAGAUGGACAUCAGUAUGAAACACUUGAAGUUGAGCCUGACAGUAAGGAAGAGAAAAGAGAGAGACUACAUCAACCAGAAAGCAACGCGGUCGGUUCUAGAGCGAGUGCAAAUCAAACCUGUUUCCAGUCACUGUUGGAAAAUUAUCAGCACGACCUCAGGCUGGCUCUGGAUGUCUCUUCCUUCUACCAACAGGCUGACAACAUCAUUUGCACAAUCAACAGGAAGAGAAGUGUCCAGUCGAAAUCAGAUGACCAGGGGAGCUACAGUCAGAUGGAGAUCAACAAUAUUGCAAGCCAAAUCAUGAUGCUGAACCAGACUGUUUCACGCCUUUCGGGCCUCCACCCAAUCCUGGCCGCCAGAGUGACCUGGAAGCAGGCUGAGGUUCAGAAGAGUUGGGGACUUCUGCGUGAGGCUAGACGAAGCAAUUGGCCAGAUCUGCCCACCACACCUGCUAGAGACUUCUCCUGUGAUAAAGCUAAACCAGUAAGUCAAACCAGAGAUACACAGGGCACUACAGAACAUAAGGCCCAGGUGAUGAUGGGAAAAGACAUCAAGGAGGAACAAAACCAUCUGACUGGGUUCAAGAACAUGAAAGAUGUUCAGGUCACCAGGGAGCUGACUGUAAGUCAAGUUGAAAAACAGCACCCUAAAAGUUAUGCCCAAGUCUCCUGUAACAACACCAGCAAUCUGGAUGACUUGACUAGAAGAUGUGUGGCGACAGAAAGAAAGGAACAGACAACCUAUUUGAACACUUGUUCUCAAGGCUGCCAAUCAGAGCUCAGUGGUCAUUUGCAGAAAUCAACCACAUCUGCUGAUAAGACUCUGUCAUGGUUGAAAGACAAUCUUGCUAUGACAAACCGAUGCCACCGCUCAGCCAGUCUGGGGGUUGCAGUGGUGGCUUCAAAGGUGCCAGCUGUCAUGCACGAAGACAAUGACGUCUCAAACCGGACCAGAUUGGACGUUUUUGAGAGGGAGAUGCCAGUGUCGAUUGAAGGUCAGCACCAAUGUGAUGUUGUAAUGGAGGACCUCCUUGGCCAAGUGGAGACGUUAUGGGAAGUUCUGAGGAGAAGACACCAAAGAAGAUUGACUGAUGCAAACAGCUCAGAGAUUCGCAACCUGGAGCAGUCACUUUGCGGAGCAACGGAUCACCAGAAGUGCAUGAAUGACCCUAUGGGGGAGUUACUGGGGGUCGUGGAUGACCUGGGUGAAGCAGUGGAGGGAGGUGGACAUUCCCUUUUCCAAAGUCAGGACACCAGAAACCUCAUGUCCCAGCACUUGACCCUGAUACUGCGUAUCAACCAGCUCCUGUCCAGGUGUGCAGAGCUCAGCAUGGACAUUCUUCACACUGAGGCAGACAUGGCGGUCAGAUGUGCACCUGAUAUCUCUGGACUCAAAGGACUGCAUGAGCAACAAGAUGAGCUUGAGAUAGACUAUAGGUUCAUCAGCGAGGAAGUGGAGGAGAUGGAGAGACUAGCAUCACGCCUACAGCUCCUCCUUCCUGACAAGGCAAGCGCUUUAGAAGAAGAUAUCCAGACAACACAGCAAGCUUGGGAGGAGUUGGGCUGUAGCAUGGCAGAGAAUCGAUGCCACCUCCAACAAUUCCGUCAACUUCAAGACUUUCUUAUGGAUUACCUGGCCAUGAUCUCAUGGACAGAGGACAUACAAGUCUUAAUUUUGGAGGCUUCAACACAGCAGUGGAGUUUGGUAGAGCCAUCAGAGCUAGAUUUGACAUUACAGCAGAAGUUUGGCGAGUUUGAGAAGCUUGCUGCAGCUGGGCAGAAGCUCAUCAAGGAGCAGCAUCAUUUGUCAGAUAUUAUUAAAGAGAGGACUGAAGAACUGCAAAGCAUGAUGGGAUGGAUAAUGGUUCACUGGAGAGCACAGAAAGAUCAGCUUGUUCGUGACAAGUUGAAGGACUCGAUAAGGAGUGAAGUCCCUAAGGCAGAAACAACCAACCAUUCACAAUGUCAACCUCAGAAUCUAAUUUCUCUGGCAGAACCAAACAAAUACUUGCAGUGUCCGCUCUUGGAGCAUAAGACGAUGGCAGGAAGUUGGGUUGAAGAAUCCCAAAAACUGGGCAGCCAAAUCGAUGGAACACCAAAGAGAGUGGAGUUAUGUCACAGAGAACCAAACUUUGCCAAACUGGUAAACGUCAGUCCACACAUCCCCCCAGCUGUGGCAGUCAACUCUCCAAGGAUUGUCCUUGAAAAGCCCUGCGCUACUGUUGCUCCACUAGGCAGCAGCAUCAAUCUCAUCCUCAGUUUUGACCAACAGCCUCCAGGUGGCAGUAUGCUACAGGGACCGCUAAUGCAAAGAGAGGCAGUGGAACCUGCGCAUAGAGUCGGCACCUAUUUGCAAGUCCCCGGUGGAAGUCCUGUUUUUGAAGAUGUUACAUCACCUAAUAUCACAGACACAACUCAUGUGUUCUCUACCUCUUCCAAAGGCUCAGCCUGCUCUACUUUCACACCCAAAAUCAGCACUGUGUUACUCUCCAACUUAGCCAAAACCAGGUCCACCACUACCUUAAAUCUGACCGGGGCGAUGAAGAGGAGAAAGAAAAUGACCCACAGGCACACCGUGACUGGCAUUUUCGGAAUGCCCAAGCCAGAGAAUGAUCCCACCAAUUCCAUACACAGAGCAAACACCUGGCCACCAGAGGAUAACAAGGAAAGCUAUGCAGUGGAAGGAAGUUCAGUCAAUACAGAACUCCAGCUGUAUAUCAAAAAUAAACAUUUUAUGAAUGUCAGGCAGCAUGGACUCAAUGAGAUGAAGAAUCCAAGGAAAGAUGAGAAACUCUACAACAUUAUCCCCCUUGGGUCAACGUUGAGCUUUGACCUGCCCAAGAAUUGGGGGCGCAAUUUACAGAUAAGCGCGAAUGACCUCACAACAGACAAAGGUUCUCUUGCAGCCAUUAGGGACCUUGUCAGUCCAAAUAGUACACCUUUGAACUGUAUAAGUCCAACAGGUUCAAAGCUACCUGGUCAGACUCCCGAAUCUUUGAAAGUGAUUGGAAGAACUUUUGCCAUCAGUCCAAAAGAAGGGUAUCUUAAAGUUGACAGGGAACUUGACAGUCCAAAUGGUUCACAUUCAAAUCAGUAUAGACAACCAGGAUCAAAUACAGUCAGUCUGACUCACAAAGUUAUUGGGCAGACUUUUACGCUCAGCCCAGGGGAGGAAAGUACCAGCGAAAGUGCUCGUCCAAAGGGUUCAUCUUUAAAACUUAACAAAAUGUCAGGCUCAAAUAUAUUCAGUCAGACUUGCAAUAUGAUUGGACAUACACUUUCCCUCAGUUCAAAAGCGGAACAGAGCUGCGAUAUAGCUACGAAGGACUCGCCAAAAGUCAGCUCAGAGUCCAUUUCUCUUCUGCUACAGAGUGUCUCGCUAUCUGAGAAUAUAGGUGCUGGGCUGAACAGCAUCGUAAAGAGUCCAGUCCUUGGUGCCGGACACAAUAACAACUCUUCCAGCACUAUUGGAAUCAAUGAUAACCCUAAAGUUGAGAUUAGUGUGCCGUUGGCCAUAUUUGACUCCACAGAGCAUUGCAAUGAACCAAUCUGUAGCAACUCAAUGAUACACAACCUCACACACAUUGAACCUUCAGAGAGCCACAACUGUUUAAGUGUUCACACUAAGGUUCGAGACCUCAAUGGCCACAUUUACUUCCCUUCCACAAAGAGGCAAUUCACUUUCCAAAGUGACCUUCAAGUUGCAGAGAUCAAGAGCUUGUCAAAUGUGUCUGAAGACUCGACGAGGGCUCGUAGGUCUGGCCGAGUCAUUGUGUGCUCAGAGGAGAAUUGUUGCGUCUGCUCUGACAGCCCCACACCAGUGAUGGUGACGGCAAAAGAAACCUCAUCUAUGAGAAAAACAGAACCUAUUCAUCCUGAUCAUUGGCAGUUUGAGGAGGAGGAAGAGGAGCUGGAGGACAUUUGGAAUGGCACAGACAGGGAAAGAGCUCCUUGAAUUACCAUGGUCUAAAAGUAAGAGCAGGUGGUGCCCAUGCAACACUACAUUCACCUUACGCGUCCCCUCUUUCAACACUUGAUUUUAAAUGUAUCUUUUGUUUACACUGCCUCAGUGGAAAUGGAGGAAGAUGGAGGGUUCAUAUGCAAGCCGUCUGCAGGAAACUCAUUGCAAGAGACUGAAAACGUUUAUACAAACAAAGUUAAAAGGGUUGUGAAUGUAUUGUGAUUCCCCAUAUUAUAUUCUGAUUCACGCAAUUCUUUGGUGUUUGACUGUCAUUGUCUUAUGUCAAUGGUUCUUUGAUAUUCUUUUCAUUGGUUACUAAUAACCCUUUAAAUAAAACUUUAGAAAUUA